GGUUCGGAUAUACUGUUACAUGAGCAGGAGCUGGCCACCACCAACACCACGGGCAACGCCCCGAUGGACAAGUGCACCCCCGUUAAGUAUAAGCGCAGCGCUGGUGGCAUGAAGUCCUCGGGCUCGAAGGACAAGGCGGCGCCACAGCCCGCGGCACCGAGCGGGGAGUGCAGCAAGGUGCUCGGCGAGUCGACGCGGCUCGAC